UCUGUUUCGUUUCAUAUCAGUAAUCUCAUUGCACACAAGGAGCUCUGAUUCAUUACUGUUUCAAAAAUUAGCAUUAGCAAAAUGGGAGUGAUCAGUUUCACAGCUUUCUGGAUCUUUUCUGCAUACUUGACCAAUGCAUCACCUCUCACUGAGCACAAGGAGUGUGACGGAAAUGUGGCAAUUAAAGGAGGGAACUUCACACUCUCUAAAGGCUAUCAGAGGGACAGCAUUUUACAAUACAGAUGCCCAAAUGGGAUGUAUCCAUAUCCUCUGCGGAUCAGGAAAUGUGGAAGGAAUGGAAGCUGGACCCCUAUGUAUUCCAAAGGGAAACCCUUGCAUGAGGCCAUAUGUAAAGCUAUUACCUGUCCUGGCCCUCUGGAUAUUGAAUAUGGAUCAUUCGGACCUAGAAAGUUUUCCUUUGCCAUUGGGGAAACAAUUAUAUUUGAGUGCUAUGAAGGAUACUCCCUCUUUGGGUCAGUCAACCGGACCUGCAAAGAGAAUGGAAAAUGGAGUGGAUCAACGACUAUUUGUGAUGAUGGAGAAAUGGAGAAAAAGGACAAGAAAGAGCCAGGGUGUAUUGUGGAAAUAGACGAGACUCUUUUUACUAGACGUAAAAGUAAUGCUGGCCGUAUUCUCCCUCAACAGUGGGUGUUUGGAGGGAUAUGUAGGGAGACAAGAGAGACUUUACUUGUAAAAGUUCCUGAUAGAACAGCCGCAACAUUAUUUAAUAAAAUCAAAGAAUACAUUAAACAGGGCACUACUAUUUAUUCGGAUUCAUGGCGGGCAUAUCAAACUCAACAACUAGAAGAAGCUGGUUUCAGUCAUGAAAAAGUAAACCAUAGCUACAACUUUGUAGAUCCAAACACAGCUAUUACCUGUCCUGGCCCUCUGGAUAUUGAAUAUGGAUCAUUCAGACCUAGAAAGUUUUCCUUUGCCAUUGGGGAAACAAUUAUAUUUGAGUGCUAUGAAGGAUACUCCCUCUUUGGGUCAGUCAACCGGACCUGCAAAGAGAAUGGAAAAUGGAGUGGAUCAACAACUAUUUGUGAUGAUGGAGCUGGAGACUGCCCAAGCCCUGGUGUACCAGUUGGUGCAAUCAAAUCUGGAUCUUCUUACAUGAUUGAAGAUAAGGUGACAUACAAGUGUGAAAAAGGGCUCAAUCUGUUUGGAUCCCGAGAAAGGAUUUGUGAGGAGUCAAGGCAGUGGACUGGCACGGAGCCUGCCUGCUAUGCACCUUACACUUUUGACACUCCAGAAGAAGUAGCUGCCAGUUUUUCUGCAUCUUUGUCUGCUGUGGCAGAUGCAUCAGACCUUAACAAGACAAGAGACUCUACUACAUUCAGAAAAAUUAAGAUUGAGCAAGGGGGACUUCUCUAUAUUUAUAUACUUCUUGAUGCUUCAGAAAGUGUUGGUAAAGACGAAUUUAAGAAAGAAAAAGCCACUGCUGCUGCUUUGAUUGAAAAGAUCUCCACAUUUGAUGUCAACCCUAAGUAUGCAAUUCUGUCUUUUGCAACGGAACCACAAGAAAUUGUCAAAAUAACCGAUCCAGAAAGUGGGAAUGCAGACGAAGUGUUGAAAAAAAUGAAAAAGUUUGAGUAUGCUGCACAUGAAGAUAAGAGUGGAACAAAUACCAGGGAAGCACUGAAAAAGGUUUAUGAAAUGAUGUUAGUAAAACAUGCACAGGAAAAAGAAAACUUCGAGAAAAUUCGACAUGUCAUUAUACUAAUGACUGAUGGAAAAGCCAACAUGGGUGGAUCUCCUGUUUUAGCAAUAAAUGAUAUUCAGAGUUUUUUGGGAAUUACCAAACCUGGUCAAGGUGACCCAAAAGAAGAUUUUCUUGAUGUGUAUGUUUUUGGAGUGGGAGAAGUAGACCCAGAUGAAGUUAACUCUCUGGGAUCAAAAAAGAAUAGUGAAAAACAUGUGUACGUUGUUAAAGAUAUAAAAGACCUGCAGGCAACAUUCGAUGAAAUAAUAGAUGAAACUGAUGCCUUAAAAAUGUGUGGUCUGGCCAAGAAUUCCGAGGAUGUGAAAAGUGCUGAGUUUAACCCCUGGCAAGCUUCUAUUGAAAUAGUGCGUUCUCGUACUGGCAAGAAGGAAAACUGCAUAGGAUCCAUUGUGUCAGAGUAUUUUGUUAUCACUGCUGCCCAUUGCUUCCGAGUAGAAGAUGUAGAACGAGAAAUAAAUGUGAAAGUUGGAGGAAAGUCGGGUACAACUUAUGAAGUAGAAAAGCUGUACAUACAUCCCAGUUACAGCAUCAAUUCGAAAAAAGACAAGAAUAUCGCAGAAUUUUAUGACUACGACAUUGCACUGAUAAAAUUUAAAAAAAAACUAAUCUUCAGCACAAGUGUGAGGCCAAUCUGCAUACCCUGUACUGAAGGCACAACUCGAGCUCUCAGGAAGUUGCACCCCCAAACAACCUGCCAAGAUCAUUAUAACGAAUUGUUUGAUGUGGCAAAUCCUGACACAUUUUUUGUAGACCAUGCAGCGGGUGGUGCAGAGGGGUCUGCAGACUGGACUGCAAAUAAAACAAGAAAGCAUGUGACAAUCAAGAGGGGAGACAGUGGUCAACUCUGCAAUGCUGAUGCAAAAAAGGCCCCCAUAUAUGUGAAUGUUACAGAUAUAUCUGAAGUAGUGACGCCAAGGUUCUUGUGUACAGGAGGCAUAGAGCCCAGAGCUGAACCAGUUACCUGUAAAGGAGACUCUGGUGGACCCUUGGUUAUGUACAAAAGAGGCAGGCAUGUCCAGGUUGGUGUCAUCAGCUGGGGUGUCUUUGAUGCGUGUGAGGGAGGAAAAAGACACAGAACUCCAUCUUUUGCCCGAGACUUCCACCUCAGCCUUUAUGAAGUCAGACUUUGGCUUAAAGAGAUGCUGGAAAGCGAGCUGAAUUUUAUAGAUUAAUAUCUGUCCAUGUGUGUAACAGAUAAAGAGAGAGAAUCAUACAAGCUACAGUAACUGGUCUAAGCUAAGAUGGAACUCAGCUGGACGCAACAACAUAUAAAUAAAAAGUGAUGAGUUGAAACAUG